GGAACUCUGAGUGCGGACUCCGAGUGGAGGGUUCAGGUUUCACCCUCCGGGGACCUCGAGCCUCUGCAGUGCCUUGUCUCUCGCGGAAGAGCGUUUGUAAGCGGCGGCCGCGCGCUCCGCCUGCGCUCCACCGAGAGGCCCCGCGGCGCGGCUGGCCGAGCCAGGAGGCGGCGAUCCGGCCUGGGCCGGGACUUCCUUCCUCCCGGGCGGGACAACAGAACCACCCGCAGCCAGCAGGGAGCUCCUGGCAGCUCGCUGAGCUAGAGCGCAGCGAUGGGCUCCCUGCUGAGCAGCGACAGCUCCAAGUCCGCGCCCGCCUCCGCCACCCCGCGGACUCUGGAGCGCAGCGGGGACUCGGAGCUGCCCAUCACCUCCUUCGACUGCUCAGUGUGUCUGGAGGUGCUACACCAGCCGGUCCGGACCCGCUGUGGCCACGUGUUCUGCCGAUCUUGCAUUGCGACCAGUAUAAAGAACAAUAAUAAAUGGACAUGUCCAUACUGCCGGGCAUACCUUCCUUCAGAGGGAGUGCCCGCAACUGACAUAGCCAAGAGGAUGAAGUCAGAAUACCAGAACUGUGCUGAGUGUGGAACUCUGGUUUGCCUCAGUGACAUGAGGGCGCACAUAAGGACCUGUGAGAAGUACAUCGAUAAAUAUGGCCCGCUGCUAGAACUUGGCGACACCACAGCAAGAUGUGUAUGUCCAUUUUGUCAGCGGGAACUGGAUGAAGACUGCUUGCUGGAUCAUUGCAUUAUCCACCACAGAUCAGAAAGGAGGCCCGUGUUCUGUCCACUUUGCCAUUCACGACCUGAUGAAAGCCCAAGUACCUUCAAUGGCAGUUUAAUUAGACAUUUGCAAGUCAGUCACACUUUGUUUUAUGAUGAUUUCAUAGAUUUUGAUAUAAUUGAGGAAGCCAUUAUUCGCAGAGUGCUAGACCGCUCACUUCUUGAAUAUGUGAAUCAGUCAAACACCACAUAAUUUUAUGACUAGGAAGGGGACCAUUCACUCGUACCAUUUAAGAUGCUGCUUGAAGGACUGGAGGGGGAUUGUCGACGUUUGAUGGAGAAACAUGUACUACAGUAUUACCUGCUUGUCUUUGUUAUGUUGCAUUCAAAAACCGUGUUCAUUCUGGCUUAGAUCUGCCCUUACAUUCUUGAGUCUAUUAGACAUUUAACCACGAGACACAGCCUCUCAGCCAUUAACAGAUGGAAGAGACACGACACAGGCUGGCUAUGUGAUGGAGCAGCUUCCUGUGUCCAUUAGUGAUGUGUGUAUAACGCUACAUAUUCCCAACUGUCAUCAUGGUUAGGCGAGAAAGCCAAUCUCUGUUCCAUGCUAAAAGACGGAGAAAGGAACAAAAUAUGGACAUUAAAGGAAAUCUGAAAUGUAUUCAAAUUCUCAUGCUCUAAUCUCCAAUAAGGAACGUGAAUAAUCUUAUGAAAAGGAGGAAAGGGAAGAAUUUGAAGUCACCAAAAUCCAAUUUAGCCAAAUUAUAGUACAUAAUAUAAUACUGCAACAACUUCUGCGUUUGAAGUGUAUUCUUAGCCAGGCAUGGAGGAGCAUGCCUGUAAUUCAGGAGGUGAGUAUAGAAGGGGCAGGAGUACGAGGCCAGCCGUGGCUAAUGAGGUGGCUAAUAAGACCAUAAAAAAAAAAAAUUAAGCUGGGUGUGGUGGCGCACGCCUUUAAUACCAGCACUCGGGAGGCAGAGGCAGGUGGAUUUCUGAGUUUGAGGCCAGCCUGGUCUACAAAGUGAGUUCCAGGACAGCCAGGGCUAUACAGAGAAACCCUGUCUCAAAAAACCAAAAAAAAAAAAAAAAUUUUUUUUUUGAUAGAAGAUGUUUCAAAUAUUCUUAGCUUAUUGCUUGGAAGUAUUUUAUAAUGUAGGUGAUUUCUAGGACCCCUCUGUGGAUAUUUAUGGUAGUUUUCACAUUGGGAAAUCCCGAGCUUUGUUUUUUCAUUUUAACAUCUUAAAAAAGUAUAAAAUGAAGUACAUGUACUAAAAGCCAGAUACAAAAUGCAUAGCUUAACAUGUUAUAAGAAACAUUGUUAAUGGAUGGUUAUGCCUGUAUGCCUAGGAGGCUGAGCAGGAUUCUAGUUCAAAGCCAGCCUGGACUACAUAGUUAGUUGCAGGCCUGCCUGGGCUAUAGGGUAAGACCCUGUUUCAAAGCUGAACAAAAGCAUUAUGAACUCAUGUAUUCAGUCAUGUAUGAACAGACUUCCAUCCAUUACAAGUGUCACUUUAUUGAGGUUCAACUUCAAUUCUCUUUCCAUUCCUUGAAGGUUGGCUGAGUUCUUAACACUCUGUUACUCUCCUUGCUGUCUCUUACAGCAAGCUUCCAUGUUGAAUUUAUUUCCUGCUAUGAACCAGAGAUCAGCAACUCUCUAAGAGUUAUGCCUGCAAAGAGGAUCUGUUGUUCAAGGUCUCCCUCAGCUACAAUGCAAGGUCAAAGACAACCUAGGCUACACAGGACUCUGUCUCAACCUGCCCCCAUUUUCAUUCCAGAAAAAAACUUCUAAGGUCAGUGUCUGCUAUUGAGGCUGCCAUUGUUUGAAGGAGAGAGCCAGGAAACAGCUCUAUGCUUGUUGUAAAGAUAAAAAUGGCCAGGCAGGGUAGCCAUGGUAGUCCAGGAUGACUGGUGACUAGAGACCCUCUUGCUUCAGCCUCCUGUGUGUAAGGGCACAGGUAUGUGUUGCCAUGCCUGCAAUUCCCUAUUUUCAAAAACAGUUGGAUGGUGCCAACGUUUUUAUGCUCUACCCUCUCCCUUUUAUCCUCCAGUUCUUCAAGUAAUGUGCAUUUAUUAUUGCUGUCACUUUUCACAUGUGAUUCUUUAAUGUUACAUUCAGGUCACUUACUAGGAUUUCCAUCUUGGAAUUAAGAAAAAGUAACAAAGACUAGAGACAUCAACUCCUGAGGGUAAAGUGUUAUUUGACUUAAAAAUACCUUUUGGAAAGGGCUGGCAAUAUGGCUCAGUAGGUAAAGGCACUUCCUGCCAAGCCUGAGAGUCAGAGUUUGAUCCCUGUGACCACAUUCGUGAAGGAGAACUAACUCCCACAAGUGCAAGCAUAAUGUGUACUCCCUCCUCACACACACACAUAAGCACAAUACAGCUUAUAUUGUAAUUGUUUAUAAGCAUCAUCUGUUGCACAUCAACAUUGUCAUAAUCAUGGUGCCAUGAUUUCUUCCCUCUUUUUGAGACAGGUUCUCAUAUGUAUGCCUGGCUGGUCUAGAACUCAGUGUGUAAAGCAGACUGGCCUGGAACUUCAAGUGAUCUCCCUGCUUCUACCUCCUCGCCCUGGGACUUAGAUGUGGGCACUGGCUUCUAAAGUUUUCCUAGUGAAUUAUCCGUAACUGCUUUGAUAUUGCUACUGUUUUCUCCUCAGGACAAGGUUACUAUAUAUAACACCGGGGAGGGACAGGGCUUCCGGGCAGCCCUUGCAUUCCCUGGAUUAACUUAGGUGUUUGGUCAGACCCAGGAACUGUGGUCGCUAAGGCCAGUGCUGGACCACAUCCUUGCUUUCCCUUCUGACUUCAAAGUCGCUCUUCAUGGCUGCUAACAAGUGACAGACUUUUGCAACCUCUCUGCCUCCAGUCUGGGUGGAUGAUACAAUAUAUGAAAUAAGUUGUAUUAAGAAGUGAUCAUCAGCCCAUAAAAUACAGUAUAGUUCUGAUUAUUGGUAACUACUGCCCUGUCAGUCAAUCUAGGUUAACUUAGGGCAAUAUGAAAGUCAUGAGUAAGUUUAGAAACCUACUGGGGGCUGGAGCAAUGGCUCAACACCUAAGAGUACUGGCUGCUCUUACAGAGGACCCAGGUUCACACCUGCCAGUAGCUCCAGUUCCAGGGAAUCUGACACCCCCCACACAAGACACACGCAGGCAAAACACCAGUACACAGAAAAUAAACACUGACAAGACCAAAAAACCAAAACCAAAAAAACAACAAAAAACAAACAAACAUAUUCUGGAUAAAUGGAAUGGCUCAGUAGAUAAAAAUACCCUUUGAGUAAGGCUGGCACCUAAGUCUGUCUGAACCCCCCUCCCCCCCCCCCGAACUGAACCAUAAAGUUUGUCCUUUCAGAUCUGCACAUGCACUGUGGCAUGCUCUUGUCUGAAUUCACACAAAAAGAAUUGGGGGGGUGGGGUGGAGAGACAUGAUAAGUCAGCAGUUAGGGUCCUUGCUACUCACUAGGAUUGAGGUCUCAGUCCCAUGUAGGACAGCUUGCUGCAGCAGCCCUCAUCUGGCUCCCACUGGUACUUGGAACACAGGCACAUGCUCACAAAUAUUUAAAAAUCAUAAAAAUAAUUAAGAAACCCAACAACUGCGUAAAUGGGGCAAGGUGACUAAAGCCUCUAAUACCAGCAAUUGGGAGGUAGAGACACAAUGAUCAGGAGCAGCUUAAGGCCAGCCUCAGCUACAUAGCAAGUUUGGGGCUGGCCUGGGGUUGGUUACAUGUGAUUCUGUGUUCUGAGUAGUAGGUUCAAGUGAAUGAACAGACUGGGAAUCCGACCCACAGCUUUUUUCUUUGUCUGUUUUAAUUUUGCCACCUAGAGGAUAAGUUAGGUGCUGGCCACCUGAGUUAUUUUGUAUUCUGAAUUGCUUUGUUUUGAAAAUGAGACGAAGAUAUAAUUUCACUGUGCGUUUAUCUUCUUUUUUUAAAAAAAAAAAAAGAAUUUAAUUCAUUGCUUUAAAAAGUAAAAACCAGUACUCAAAGUUGUUGAUCAUCAGUAAGAAACUUUCAUGUGCUUUUUGUAAAUACUGCCUAAUGAAACAACUGGACCAGGGGGGAAGAUGAUGCUGUUAUUUUAAAACUUAAGUUCUCCUAUACUGUUGGUAGAAAACGGGUUGAUUGUGGAUCAGUGGUAAAGAGUUGGAGCUCCUAAGAACCCCUGACUCUGGUAAUGUCAGUUCCUGCUGUCACUGGGGACUAGGCGUGCUCCAUUUCGAAGUGAGCCUACUCUAGUUUUUGAAUGUUUCUCAUGAUAAUUUGUAUGCUUACACAUUGAAGGUAUUUUUUUGAAGUACUAACAUUCAUUCUUUGGUUCAAAUGUAAAAAGAACUUGUGAUCAGAAUUUAAAGUGUAUAAUUCUUCUUCUUUUGAAAACUGUAUUAUGAGAAAUAAAGAGUGGCAGGACCAUUGCUUUCAUUAAAAUGUU